GCGUUUAUUAUAUUAAGCGGAACCCUCAAAAUCAAAACUUUGAGACCUUUCUCAGCUCCGAACUCUUGCAGCCGUCUUCUUCUUCUUCUUCUUCUUCGAAAUCCGACAGUUCGAGAGUUCAUCAGGUUGAGUUGGAGGUUAUGAGAGAAUGGGCAGUAGUGGUUUGAAGGAUAUUUUGGCUACAGUAGUUAAGGUGGGAGUGAGUGAAGCAAGGGCAAGGAUAUUUGGGCAUGUUCUUAACCCAACUGGCCAAAGAUCUUCACACAAGUUGUUACGCAAGAAACUCAUUGGUGACAAAGUUUCUCAAUGGUAUCCACAUGAUAUCACCAAGGAUGAUCCUCUUAUCAUGGCUCGAAAAGAACAAGAGCGCUUAUCAAGACUCGAAAUGUUGAAACGUCGAGGAAAGGGACCGCCUAAAAAGGGUCAAGGCAAGCGUGCUUCUAAACGUAAAUAGAAAUGCCUUGCAUUGCCUUGACUUGAGACAACAAUUCAAUACAAUACAAGAUCCUUGAUGUUAUUAUGAUAAAAUUGUUUCUCAACUUACUCUUUUCACUUGAAAGACUUCCAAAUGAAGCAUUUAAGAAUUCGAUUUAUUAUUAUUUGAUGUUUCUGUUGGAAUCUUAUCUUACCUCUUGUUUUUCCUUUACUAUAGUGAAAGAUUAAACAAGUUUAACUUAACAUAUAUUUGUUGUGAUUGUGAAGCCCUUUUUUACUGAUAUAAAACAAGGAAAUUUACAC